UUUUGUUAUGUUCUUCCCUUCCUCGGACAUUUUACGUCCAGCUCUGUCUGUAGACAGUCAAAAUGUUUGCCUUCACAUGGUUUUCAGCAGUAACUUGGACUUUAUUGGCUCUUUUUUUCACCCUGUUUUUCCUGUGGUAUGGCAUCCGGCCUUAUAUGUUCUUCAAAAGGCUGGGAAUACCAGGACCAAGGCCUCUACCCUUUAUUGGCACGCUUCACUUUUUAAAGAAGGGAAUUCAAAAGUUUGACAGUGAGUGCCAAGCAAAAUAUGGAGAUAUCUGGGGAUUGUAUGAUGCAAGUGCACCAAUGUUAAUGGUGGCAGACCCGGAGAUCAUUAAGACUGUGUUGGUGAAGGAGUGCUACUCUGUGUUCACCAACCGCAGGGAGAAUCUCAUAGCAGGACCUUUUGAUGAUGCACUUACGGGGGUUAAAGAUGAUAAAUGGAAAAGAAUUCGGAGCACUGUAUCCCCAUGCUUUACCAGUGGAAGACUGAAACAGGUUUUCCCCAUUGUGGCUCAAUAUGCCGACCGACUCAUUGAGAAGAUUCGGCAAAUGAAAGAGGACGAACAAGUGGAUGUCAAACAACUUGUGGCUCCUUACAGUUUAGAUGUUGUGACCAGCGCCUCUUUUGGUGUCGAGGCAGACUCCCAAAAUAACCCAGAUGGCCCCCUCAUUGUUCAUAUCAAAAAACUCAUGAACAUUAGAUUUUGGCUUGUAUUCUUAAGUAUGUUCUCUACAUCAUUUAUUUCUAUUACAUUAGCAUCACUGCGUAUAUGUCUUUUUAACACGACUGGUCUCUUUCCAGUGAUGCUUCCCUUUGGUUCUCGCCUGAUGAAUCUUCUAAAAAUUGAAGUGAUACCCAAACUCAGUGUGGAUUAUUUCUUCAACAUCAUCAAGGGAUUUAAAGAUCAGCACUGUGAAGAAGACACGAGCCGAGCAGACUUCAUGCAGGUGAUGAUUCAGAGCGAGAUUCCAGAGACGGAGACACAGAGUAAGGAACAACAACCGAGUAAAGGUUUGACUGAACGCGAGAUCCUGUCCCAGGCCUUCAUUUUCAUCUUUGGUGGCUAUGAGACCACCAGUGUCACCUUAGCUUACAUCCUGUACAGUCUGGCCAUCAACCCUGAUGCCAUGCACAAUUUACAGCAAGAAAUCGAUGACAGCUUACCAAGAGAUGCUCCAGUUUCGUACGAGGCCCUGCUCCGCCUGCAGUAUCUGGACCAGGUUAUUUGUGAGUCCAUGCGUUUGCUUCCCACUGCACCGCGGCUUGAGAGAAUGUGCAAAAAGACAGUGCAGGUCCACGGCAUCACCAUCCCUGAAGGAACCCUAGUCGGGAUCCCUGUGUAUAUGCUACACAGGGAUCCUCGUUUCUGGAGCUCACCUGAGCUUUUCCUACCAGAGAGGUUCAGUAAAGACGGUGGCGAGGAGGUGAACACAUAUGCGUACAUGCCAUUUGGACUUGGGCCUCGAAACUGCGUUGGGAUGCGUUACGCUCUCCUCGUCAUGAAAAUGGUCCUUGUUCGUAUCCUGCAGGAUUACACUGUGGAAACAUGCAAAGACACCAUGAUUCCCUUGGAGUUCGACUGGAAGCUCCAGCCGAUUCGACCAAUAAAACUCAACUUUGUUCCCAGACAACAUUAGCCCAGGAGGGAAGGGCUCUACAUAUGUGUCACCACUGAAUUCCAGCCAAAGUCACUAUUUUGUAGUAGUAGCUGUUCUUUUAGUGUUUUUAGCUGAUGAAAUUUAAACAUGUGACACUAAUACUUCAAUGGUUAAUACAAGUGAAACUUAUUUUUAAAACAUUUGAUUAUUCUUAAAACUUCUGCCCCUCCUUUUUACAUGUGCACUCACAGGGGAAGAUAUAUCAUUUUAAAACUAUGGAGAAAAAUAGAACAUUGUAAUAAUAAUCCGUGUUUUAUAGGGGAUGAUUGUGUAUGUUUUACCCACAAUAAAAUACAUUUCAAAAAUA